GAUUUAUUGCACAAGCAGGUUUUUGAUGAACAACUCUAUCUACGAUGAAGAAAAAACCUGCGUGGAGUUCACAUUAGAUUUAACUACACCUACGACGAAUAGUGUAAAUGUUUCUCAUACUCUCCAGAAAAGACACUGCAGUAUAUCAGACUGUAUUAUUGAAUGGAUUAUGGUAACAUGCACAUUUCCUCAAAAUAAAAAUCAUGAAAGAGAAAUCGGUAGUACAAACAUUGAUACGGAAAGUGGGCAUCGGGGAUUUUAUCAAAUUAACUUAUUGUUGGCUCUCGCUAGUGGGACAGCAGGUUGCAUUAUGGGCGUAAUCUUCACAAUAGCUGGACAUUGCUUUAAAAUCAAAUUACAGUCAUUUAUAACACAGUCUACAACUGUAUCUACCAGCCAAGAUCAUUCGGUUUUCAGAGAAUCCAUAAAUAACCUUCACAUGUACAGCGAUAUAGAAGAUACUGCAAGGAUAUCGGAAAAAGCAAUUCAAGUACCAUCAAUAAAAGACAAGAGUCCGUCAAGUAUGCGAUCAAGGACCUCUAACGUUUAUCAUCUUCUGAGUGAAAAAGGAAGUCCUGUUGAAUCCGUGAAUUCCAUUAGGGAAUCAAAUUCACCAAAAUUUAGUACAUCAGGCGAUUCCAUCCAUAACAAAAGUUGGAGAAGAAAAGACUCGACUACUUCAAUUAAUUUUAUGGAACAGGAUUUUGAAACAGGAAACGCAGAUAGCAAUGAUUAUUUUGAACUUGAAAAGAACCCAACUGAUCCUCGAAAUAUUUUAUAG